GGCGGGGCUUAGCGCCGCUCAAAUAGCGUGAGGCGCGGGGCAAGCGGGGAGGUGUUGGGCCCGCCGAGCCUCGAUCCCGCUCAGGGCAAGGACUUCUGGCCUGAAGCAGGGGGUGACAAGAGCUCUUUUGUCUCUGAAUCCAUCAUGGAACAGAUCAAUGGAUCUGUCCAGAUGGAGAGUGCACUGCUGUACACCUUCCUGGAGGUAUCCUCUGACUGUAAGUUCAAAGAGCAACUGCAUUCCCUGCAAAACCAAGGGACUGUGUCUUUCCUGAAAGGCGGCUACUGCUAUGAUGACGAGGUGGAACUCCAGACUGAUGGCAAUCGGAGCGGCCACUUGCAGAAUGGUGAGCUAGUGUUUGGCCCUGAGGUAAAUGAAGAAGUUAUCCGGAUCAUUGCUGCUCAGCUCGCUGAGAUUGGAGACCAGUUUGAUAAAGAAAUCAAAGCAAGAGUAGUAAAUGACCUAGUGCAGCACUUUCUGAAUGAGAAUCUGUCUGGAGAGGAGAUAACUCGGCGCAUGUCAGAGGCAGUGGAGGGGCUUGCAAGAGCCAUCCCCUCAGACAUGGAACGGGAGAAGGCCAUGUUGGUGCUAGCAAUGGUCUUAACUAAAAAAAUUGCGAAUACAAUGCCCUCCCUUCUACAGCGUGUCUUCAGGACCACCGUGAACUACAUCAGCCAGCAGCUCCACAACUACAUUGUGAGAAUGCUGCGUGAGUGAGCUCCCCAGCCCUCUGCAUGAAGAAUGUGGACUCCUGAAGACCUUUUACUUUUCUUAAUGUAUGCAAAUCACUUUUUCCGAACUUCUGAGAUAACAGCUGUGAAAGGGAAGGCAGAGCUCCAUAGAUAGGCUUUCGUAGACUAGCAACAGCAACAAUGGUAGUGUGAGCUGCAUGCCAGCUCUGCCAGUACCUAUAAGAAGUAGUGCUUACCCUCAAUUUACAAUAGUCUUAUCUUUUCUGUUUUUUUUCCUUUUUUCCUUAGCAGUAGCAGACUUUGUACAGGCCCUGGCUUGUGCCGCCAGGGGAAACUUGGUGGGCAAAGAGCCUGCCCUCUCUCAGUAUUUUUUUUUUUUUCUCAUCAGCUGUAGCAUUUUGCUUUAGUUAUUCUCUUCCCAGCCCUGUUCCAGGUGCUGCACCUGAGCCAUUCUGAGUGUUAAUUGUUCCCAGGAAGCCCUCAGACUGUGGAAUGGAUGGUUGAUCAGCACAGAUUGCCGAGGGGGGGGGGGGGCAUGGAUCAGGUCUAUUUUAGAGGGGAGCUGGCAGCCAGAGGGAACAACCCUAAGGGAGGUGGGAUGUUGUUUGGCUAGGGAAGGCUAAAGCUCAAUUGCUACAAACCCAUGCUUGCUUGAGAAAAUUAAAUGAGAAAUUGUAAAGAAAAGGCAUGGGGUAGGUACAGGGCAAAUUCUUUCAGGGAACACAACCUGGAUAUGCUUGAGGAAAAGUGUUUAGCUUUACAGUAUCAUGCUAUAAAGAAGGUAUCAUCAGCCUUGGAUGAGGAAGAAUACCUGGUAUCUCUUAUGAGUGUAUUGCAGACACAUCUCAGGUUCAACAAACUUGGACUCAGGUUGUUUGAUACACACCUGUAAUCACACAAGACUUCACCUGUGAUCCAGCUGCCUCAGAAGUUUUGAAAGUAUGUAAAUAUUUUGUGUGGUUUUUUAAGUUAAAUAAAAUUGUCAGUUCUCAUGGCAAUACACCUCUUGAGAA